CCCGCCGCUCCGCACCGCCAUGUCCGCCGAGCCGGCCCCGGCCCCCGCCGCCCCCGAGCCGGUCCCCGGCCCCGAGCCGCCGGCGGGCGGCGGGGAGGCGGCGGCGGAGCACCGGGCGCUGGUGCUGACGGGGUUCGGCGGCUACGACAAGGUGAAGGUGCAGGCGCGGCGCAGCGCGGAGCCGCGGCCCGGGGAGGUCUCGGUCAGCGUCCGCGCCUGCGGGCUCAACUUCGCCGACCUGAUGGCGCGGCAGGGCCUGUACGACCGCCUGCCGCCGCCGCCCGUCUGCCCCGGCAUGGAGUGCGCCGGCACCGUCCGCGCCCUCGGCGACGGCGUCCGCGACCGACAGGUUGGUGAUAAGGUAAUGGUCCUGGCCAGGUCAGGGCUCUGGCAAGAAGUGGUGAAUGUGCCGGUCAGUCACACCUUCCCAAUGCCUGAGGGGAUGAGCUUCGAGGAAGCUGCUGGUCUUCUUGUUAACUACAUCACUGCCUACAUGAUUCUGUUUGACUUUGGAAACCUGAGACCCAACCAGAGUGUCCUCAUCCACAUGGCUGCAGGUGGUGUGGGAACUGCUGCCAUCCAGCUGUGCAAGACUGUAGAAAAUGUCACCAUUUUUGGCACAGCAUCUGCCUCUAAGCAUGAGUCCCUCAAGGAGAGUGGAGUUGCUCACCCCAUUGACUACAGAACCAUGGAUUAUGCAGAGGAGGUCCGGAAGAUCUCUCCUAAAGGUGUUGACAUUGUCCUGGACCCUCUGGGAGGAUCUGAUACAUCCAAAGCUUUUAACCUCUUGAAGCCGAUGGGCAAACUCAUCACUUAUGGUGUAGCAAACCUGCUCACUGGGCAGAAGAAGAACCUCAUGGCUAUGGCUAAAACCUGGUGGAACCAGUUCAGCAUCACUGCCUUGCAGCUCCUGCACCAGAACAAGGCUGUGUGUGGCUACCAUCUUGGAUAUAUGGAUGAAGAAGUUGAGCUUCUCAGGAGUGUUGUAGCCAAGCUGGUUAACCUGUACAGCCAAGGCAAAAUCAAGCCCAAAAUAGACUCUGUGUGGCCCUUUGAUCAGGUGGCAGAGGCUAUGAAACAGAUGCAAGAAAAGAAGAAUGUUGGAAAAGUCAUCCUGGUUCCUGAGGCACCCAAGGAAGAAUCUAAAAAAGCAGAGAACUAAGGAGAAGAGAUGAAUGCAGAUUAUGAAUUCAUGGUUUAACUCCCUGAUCUCUUUGGGACCUGGAAGUGGACAGAUCAGUAUCUCCCAUCUUUCACCAGUACAAGAACAUCAUGGUUAUCAUUCAGAUGAGGUUUGCAUGCUCUUGUUGUGACUGACCCUUUGCCAGAUAUGCCUCCUGCUCUCUCUUUUGAAGCCUGUUUAUUUCAUACUGCUUUCUAACCACUUGUUUCUCCACUGAAUUUCCAGACUAACCUCCUUUUUCUCAGGCAGUGAGGCUGAAGCUUCCGAGCAGUUGGUGACUAACAACUGCACAGCCUGUCACUGUAAAGUCAAGGCACAAUGUACUGUAACAACUGCCAAGUGUCUCUGCAGAAACGGAGCCCUGCUGAAGCGUUUGCACUGUCAGCUUUGGGAAGCCUGUUCAGCAGAGGGUUGGCCAAAUGUAGGAUGUUUUCUCCACAGCCAAAGGAAAACCACAGCUGGCCUAGUUUAAUUCAAGCAGGGGUUUCUCUUCUGUUCACACUAACCCAGCUCUAUUCCCUCUGCUUUUUGUAGGCCACUAACACAGCCAGAUAUUAACAGCUCGUGUUGGUUUUGCCUUGGCCAUCCUGGCAAUUUGGAGUCUAUUGCAGAUCAUACUCCAUUUGCAGUCACUGCUCUGUGCAGUCUGUAAAUACCCUGACAGGCUGGGCUGGGCUAUGUCUGACUAGAGAAGAAAAGUUUCAAUUAGAUAACCUGAUCCUGUCCAUUUUCUAUUUCCAAAUUGUAUAGAGGGAUCUGAGCAGUGUCUGAUUCUUAGAGACCAUAAGGACUCAACUGUGUCUCAAACAACUGGAACAAUUGAUGUUGGCUCUGUGCUUUAUUAUGUUGGGCUCCAAGUUGGUAUUGUUAGGCCUUCACCCUUGUCUUUGUAUUUCCAAGGGCUGCAGUAUUGAAUUGGACUUCACUGAGGUGGAAAUAAAAUAAUCCCCUAUUAAUACUUUGUGCAGUGCCCUGUGCACUGAGGAGGUGUUGCAGUUUGGGAAGGAACUUUCAAGAGCCACUCCUGUGGGCUGGCUGCCCAGCAGCCUGGGCUGGCUCUCCCUGUGGCACAGUGGUUGGCAAAGCUGUUGCCAGGGUAGCAGUUAGAUGCUAAGCAGCCCAGCUGUGUGUCAAUGUGCCUCUUUACCUGCACAUUCUGAGCAGUUUUCCAUUGUCUCCUAGCUCAUUUGCUGCAGCAGGGCUUGACUCUUCUCUCCCUAAAUCUGUCUUGGGGCUCCAGCACUGAGGGUUUAGGAGCUGCCUGGGAUGAUCCUCUCUAUACCAGAACUGUUUCCUCUUCUACUUUUCUUCCCUUGUGUGCAUUUGGAAACAGAGCUGUGUAGAGACCCAAGCCCAGCUCUGUGAGCACCUCGAGCCCUGGGUGAUGCUGUCCUUCAGCCCACCUCGAGCCCUGGGUGAUGCUGUCCUUCAGCCCACCUCGAGCCCUGGGUGAUGCUGUCCUUGCCACUGCACCCUCCUUGCAGCUCUGGGCCACUCUGGUUCUGUCAGUGCUUACUUGGCAUGGGUUUUAGGUGUGGUGGGCCUUUGGGCUUCAUUUUGGAUUUGAGAUGGUAAACCCAAGGGCACUAAGAAGAGCUGCCCAUCAUGGAAGAACUUGUGCUUCAGAAGCAAAACCUUGAGAUUAGAAUCCUGCUUAACUAGCCCACAGGGAGGGCCAAGGGCUCAAGGGGGGCAGGUACCCACUGGGCACAGGGCUGGGCACACAGCCCCAUCACCACCCACACAGAGCUGGAGCUCCUCUCUGAAUUCUCCCUCAGCCUGCUCAGUGGGACUCCUGUCUGCCAGUGCAGCUUGGGGUUCAGGUGCUUGGGCUCAGUCCAGAGUUCUUUAGAAAUGCACUGGCACAGCUUCCAGGGGUUUUCCCCUGGCUAACUUUAAAUAGUGCAACAAUCCUGUUCCCUUCAACCUCAGAGGAGUGCUGGAGUCCUCUCACAGAUCCCUGUCAGUUCAUCUCUUGAAUUUCAUAAACAGAAGCUGAUGGAAGUCUCAAGCACAACUUUUUACCUUUCUGAAUCCAAAAUCUUGCUGCUCCUUUCAACCUGCCCUGUUGUGCUGAUUUAGAUUGAAUCCAACACUGUCUAAUGCUGCUUUACCAGGUGUGAAAACAGAAAGGACUGUCUAAAUUGCUGAAAUGGAAAGUCUGGACCUGUUCCUCUGAGAAACUGGAUUUCACCUUGAUGCCAGGGCAGCGUGCUCAAAAGGCACACAACCCUGCACAUCUUGUGAGUGUAAAAGAGAAAGCUGUUAUGGUGUGUUUCAUGGCAACAUCCUCUCUCUCCCUGCUUUAUCCUGAGCCAAUCUCGUGCUCAGUGCCUUAUGUGGAUGGCCUUAGGUCAGGCAGUGUGGCAGGGCUCUCACAGCUCCCAUCAGACCCCUCUGCCCUGCUGCCUCCUGUGUGCCACAGCAAACAGCAUCUCAGUGCCUUCUGCUACAUGACUAGGAAGUCACUGGGGCCUUUUCCAUUCUGGCCUUUCAAAGUAUUGCCAAAACACUGUUUUGACUCUUAUUAGCUCUGUUUUGUGAACACUGGUGAUGUUGUUUGACUCUCCAUGAGUUAGCUGUUCUCUCCCCAGGUGUUCCAGCCUUUCUGGGGCUGACCUGGUGCUUCUGUACCCCCCAGUCCACAAGACCUGUUGUAAAGCCCUUGUCUUUCCCAGGGCAGCUGUUUGGCUCCAGGGUAAGGCUUUAUCAGCUGCUCCAGCCUUGGCUCUUUAGAAACAAUCCUAGCUCCUGGCUCUUUUUGGGCUCACAUGUCUUCUAUGUAGAAAUUCCAGAAGCCCUUAUCAAGGCAGGAAUGCCAAGCAGUUACUGCCUGUUCUAGGUCAGCACUGACUAUUCUGUGUCUCUUGGUAGCAACAGUGUUUUCUACAGGAAGACCAAGAUUAAAUGUAACCUUGCAAUCCUCUGCCCCUGCUCAAAGUUCUGCUCCUGGUGGGUGUGGUUGGUUGUGUUUUGGUUUUUGACUUUUCUUUUUUAUGGGCCAGUUAAGUAUAGAACCUGUGUAAAAACUUCAAGUGUCUUAAUCCAGUUAACCAGCCAGUUUGUGUACUAAGGACCAAAGCAAAAAAACCAAAACGAAACCCUAGGAUAAAAAUCAUUCCAUUCAAUGUUCCUUGUUAAGGGCAAAGUUGUGCUACUGAGGAACUGGGAGAUUCCUGUACUUAAUCAUGUGUGCCAUUCCAGAAGUGCAAUUUAAUGUUUAUUUUACUGAUUGUCUUGACUCAAAGGUUGUGCCAUGAGGAGUCCAAGUGGAAUUGUAAGGAGCUGAUGAGUGGAGGAGGCACCCCCAGCCCUGCCUGCUGCAGGGGGCUCGGUGCCAGUGCCUCUCCUGUCAUUGCUGUAGUGGCCUCCCAGCCUGGUGCUGCUGGUCUUGGACAAAAUGCAACUCCUUUGCUAUCACCAGGCAGCAGUUGCCACAUUUUUGACUCUCUGAAGCUCACUUGUGUUGCAAGCUGACUGCAGGAGGGGAAGGGAGCAGAGGUGGCCCCUGCUCAGUGCUCUGGGCAGGAGUUCAGCUCCAGGUUUUGUUUCAGACACCUGAAUUAAACUAGAAUGGAUUGGCCAGGGAGAAGUAAGAAGCACUGUGUGUGUGAGGCUUCAGCUGGUGCAGGCUCCUGCCUGCUGACAGCUGCUAUCAUAGGUGUUAAACCACUCGGCUUGCCUGAAGCCUCUGGUGUGCUGAGCCCUCGUGAUGGCAAAGUGUUAUUGGCAAGUAGUACAUGAGCAUGAUGUGAAAUGUGUUAGACUCUGAGUGAGCCUCUUGCAGCAUAUGGUCUGGUCUGUACUGUCUGAAUUGUGUUGAUUUGCAGAUUUGUGAUAUGAGUGCUGCUCAUCCUACAGACACAUAGCAAAUCUUUUGUUUAAAAAAUAUAUUUCGCUUUUUUGUGUAACCAAGUUGGACAGAAGACAACUGUGCCACUGCUGUUUACAUGACUACAAUGUGUACUGCUCCUCUGUCAAAUGUUACCAUAUGCCUUAUGUGUUUCAAAUGUUAAUUAAAAGCAUAACAGAACCUUC